AUGCCUGCAUUUCAGUCUAAGACCUUUCGCCGGGCGACAAACGCCUCAUCGACCCUCGGUGAAAAACUUGGAGCCCUGUAUCGGGCACGUCUAAGUCGGCAUCCUUUCCUACUUUUCGGACUCCCGUUUAUGUCAGUCAUUGUGGCAGCAUCAUUUGCCCUGACCCCUGCGGCAGCUCUACGUUAUGAACGAUACGAUCGCAAGGUUCAGCAAGUUAGCAAAGAAGAAGCUUUCAAUCUCGGUCUCAAGGGCCACGACGGUGAAGAAGGAAUUAAGCGCAACCCACGUAGGCGGGUUGUUGGCGAUGAACGUGAAGAAUACUAUCGACUCAUGGCCAAGGAUCUUGAUGAUUGGGAACAGAAACGAGUGAAGAGAUUCGAAGGAGAGCCAGACGGCAGAAUAUGA